AAUAAAUUAUCUUAUUGGAUGAAAUUAAUUUUCAUUAAGCUUAACAUUUCCAUUAACUAUGCAGACACUGAUAAAAUCAACAAGUUGAUCUUUGACUCGGCAAAAAAGUAUGACCCACCUCACAGCUCCCCGAUCCCGUUCACUCUUGGCUUAGUUGGGGUAGAAAAUCUUGGCACUACAAACGAAACUAUUUCUGAUUCAGAUUCGUCACCUGACCAUGUUUUGAAUGAGCUUCAGGUUCCGGCUACUACUGAAUACAGAAACGAUAACGGUGGGGAUAACCGGGAUGAUUCUUUUGCUGCCACCCCUUUGCAAAAUUGUCAUCCAGAUAAGGACUUUCAAAACUGGGUGGCUAGAAAUAUUACCAUUUUGAAAGCUCAGAACCGACAAAUUCAGAACAGUCUUGACGGUAUUCUAUUACAACUUGGGGAUAGGACUGAAUAUAAAAAUUCCCAACCAAAAAAUGUUCACCACGAGUUACCACGCAACACUUUGGAUGAUGUUGAAAAUGGAAACAAGGUUUAUUCUUCUUCAGAUAGUCGGGAAUCUUUAGUAAGCCAGAAAUUCUAA